CAAAAACAAAACCCUUGCCAAAGCUAAAACCUCGACUUAUUGAGGCUGUACUGUUUGCUGCAUCUCCCCUGCUCUGUUCGGCAAUUGAGCCACCAUAGGCUCCUUCCAUGGCGUUAAUCAAAUCUAAGCUACGCUUACCAUUAACCCUUCCGUCUUCGUCCCAACGUUUGUUGAGAUUUUACUGCAUUGCGACUUCAAAUUCGCUCGAAGAAGAAGCUGAUAUCACCGGUGAAGCCAAAACCGCCGAACAACCCUCCUCGCUGUCGCCUGAAGAAACCUUAAUCGCCGGAAGAUUCCACUCCUUAAUCAAGGACCACCACCGCAAAAACCCUACUCUUGACCCAAACCCGGUACCGCCAGGUCCCAACUUCACCAUCCCCUCUCUCUCCCUCGACUUCACCCAAAGGGCCACAAACCAUCCCAUCUCCCCUUAUUUAGUGCGUCGCGUUAUUGAGAAAUGCGGCGGCGUCCGUCAUGGCAUCCCUUUCCUCCAAACCUUAGCUUUCUUCAACUGGGCAACGACCCGACCCGACUUCGCCGACUCCCCCGAGCCGUACAAUGAGAUGAUCGAUCUUGUUGGAAAGGUAAGGCAUUUUGAUUUGGCUUGGAGUUUGAUAGGCAUGAUGAAAGCUAGAAACGUGGAAGUAUCGGUUGAGACAUUCGCGAUUCUCAUCAGGCGUUACGUUAGAGCUGGAUUGACGGCGGAGGCGGUGCUCGCCUUUAAUCGCAUGGAGGAUUACGGCUGCAUCCCCGAUAAGGUUGCGUUUUCAAUUGUGAUUGCUAUGCUGUGUAGGAAAAGAAAAGCUGCCGAAGCACAAGCCUUCUUCGAUAGCCUGAAGCAUAAAUUUGAGAUAGACGUGGUCCUUUAUACUAGCUUGAUUCACGGAUGGUGCCGCGCCGGAGAGAUGACGGAGGCAGAGAGGGUGUUCAAGGAGAUGAAGAUGGCCGGAAUCCAGCCUAAUGUUCACAGUUACACUAUUGUGAUUGAUGGGUUGUGUAGGUGUGGGCAAAUUACUCGUGCCCACGAUGUAUUCGCUGAAAUGCUCGAUGUGGGGUGUCAACCGAAUUCAAUCACCUUCAAUAAUCUGAUGAGAAUUCAUGUGAAAGCCGUUAGAACGGAGAAGGUUUUGCAGGUUUAUAAUCAGAUGAAGCAACUCGGUUGUCCCGCUGAUACAGUUACCUAUAAUUUUCUCAUAGAAUGCCAUUGUAGGGAUGAUGAUCUUGAGAAGGCUGUUCAGGUGCUUAACACAAUGGUUAAGAAGGGAUGUAGCCCGAAUUCUUCUACUUUCAAUGCGAUAUUUAGGUGCAUUUCAAAGAUACGGGAUGUGAAUGCUGCUCGCAGGAUGCAUGCUAAGAUGAAGGAUUUGAAAUGUAUGCCUAACACGGUGACUUACAAUAUAUUGAUGCGAAUGUUUGUUGAUUCAAAAUCGACUGAUAUGGUGCUGAAGCUGAAGGAGGAAAUGGAUGAGAUGGAGAUCGAGCCUAAUGUAAAUACCUAUCGGAUUUUGAUCACUAUGUAUUGUGGGAUGGGGCAUUGGAGCAAUGCCUACAAGUUUUUCAAGGAGAUGAUAGAAGAAAAAUGCUUGAAACCAAGUCUGCAAGUUUAUGAGAUGGUGCUGCGGGAGCUGAGAAAAGCAGGGCAGUUGAAGAAACACGAGGAACUGGUAGAGAAGAUGGUUGACAGAGGAUUUGUGGAGCGGCCUCUGUAGAAGUAGCCUUUUGCUUUCAGGCACCUGCGAUUUCUGUCAGUUCAUUCUCCAAUGCAUUCAUUUAUUUGAAAUUUUGAAGAUUAGUAGAUUGACAUUAGUUGUUAAAAGAUUAAUAAUGUAUUUUAUCCUUAAUUUCUCUUCCAGUGAUCAUAAAAUUCUAAGAUUUCA